CUGGCAGCCGGCCACGACUCAGACGCACGGACAGCAGAACACGCAGAGGACUGACAACCGACGAAGACCAUCGAACAAAAAUCGGCGCACCCGCAGACGAGCGAGGCCGACCUUCCCGUUUGGAACGACCAGCGAGCGAGCCGACCGAAACGACAACAGGCGCGACUCUUCUCACCAAGCGCAUCCACUACCUCCACACCAACACGCACGUCCCCCCACAGCCGUCCCACUCGACACAGACACACAGCACAGACAGCACAGACGGAUGGCAGACUCGGCGACAGAGAUAGACUUGGAUUCGGUCAUCGACCGUCUCUUGGAGGUGCGCGGUAACCGGCCAGGGAAGCCCGUUCAACUACAGGAGUACGAGAUCAAGUACCUGUGCACCAGAGCCCGCGAAAUCUUUAUCAACCAACCCAUCCUUCUCGAACUCGAAGCACCUAUAAAGAUCUGCGGUGACAUCCACGGCCAGUACUACGACCUUCUCCGACUGUUCGAGUACGGCGGUUUCCCGCCAGAAGCAAACUACCUCUUCCUCGGCGAUUACGUCGAUCGCGGCAAGCAGUCCCUCGAGACCAUCUGUCUCUUGCUCGCCUACAAGAUCAAGUACCCCGAAAACUUCUUCAUCCUCAGAGGGAACCACGAGUGCGCGAGUAUCAACCGAAUUUACGGGUUUUACGAUGAGUGCAAGCGGCGGUAUAACAUCAAGCUAUGGAAGACGUUCACGGACUGCUUCAACUGCUUGCCCAUCGCCGCGAUCAUCGAUGAGAAGAUCUUCACAAUGCACGGAGGGCUCAGUCCGGACUUGCAGUCGAUGGAGCAAAUAAGGAGGGUGAUGCGGCCCACGGACGUGCCGGACACUGGUCUUCUGUGCGAUCUGCUCUGGUCAGACCCGGACAAGGAUAUCACCGGCUGGUCAGAGAACGAUAGAGGAGUGUCGUUCACCUUCGGCCCGGACGUCGUCUCGAGGUUUUUGCAGAAGCAUGAUAUGGACCUUAUAUGUCGAGCCCAUCAGGUCGUCGAGGACGGUUACGAGUUCUUCGCAAAGAGGCAGCUCGUGACACUAUUCUCCGCACCGAAUUAUUGUGGCGAGUUCGAUAACGCGGGUGCGAUGAUGAGUGUGGAUGAGACACUUUUGUGUUCGUUCCAGAUUCUGAAACCGGCGGAGAAGAAGGCAAAGUACCCCUACGGCGGCAUGAAUAUGGGUCGACCGGUCACGCCACCUCGCAAACAGAAGAAGAAGGAUGGCAAGAUGGGUUAAACUGGGAUUUAUGGACGACGCAUGAUGACGAUGGAUUGUGCUCGCAAAUAGUGGUCGUCGGUGGUUAGCGAGCGAGAGGGCGACUUGGUCAUGGUUCUACACAUCCAUCCAUUUCACCUCCCCGCUUCGAUUCCACUCCUCCCGCCACAGACACAACGUCGCUUCAACUUACACGGACCGCCCUCCCUUUCACCCCCUUUCACCCCUUUUCUUUAUUUCUACGUUUUUGUGUUUCCCCUUUUGCCCUCUUCGUCAACUCACGCUCCCCGCAAACCCAAACCCUCCGUCCAUCAGUUCCCUUAACUCACGCCUUCCGUGUGCCUGUUUGGUCCCCCAAUCAAAUCUCGUGUCAACUCUCACUGUCCCUAUCCCUCUCUGCCGAGCCUCUGUCUUAUAUUUUUUCUUUCUCUUUCUUUCCCGCUCUCUCGUCUCGCCUCUUAUUUCGAUCCACAUUCCCGGUCCUCUUGUCCGUCCAGUCCAGUCCGGUUCAGCUCAGUCCGGUCGGUAGCCUGUAACUUCGUUUGCCGCGCGCGUGCGUUACUAGUUGAUACUACGUGUUACAUAAGUCACUGUCAAUCUCCAAUCUCUUUU